GCGCCCGCGCCGCCCGCCUGCGCCGCCGAGCCGGUGCCCGGGGUGGCGGGGCUCCGGAACCACGGCAACACGUGCUUCAUGAACGCCACGCUGCAGUGCCUCAGCAACACCGAGCUCUUCGCCGAGUACCUGGCGCUCGGCCAGUACCGCGCGGGCCGGCCGGAGCCCUCGCCUGACCCCGAGCAGCCGGCCGGCCGCGGCGCGCAGGGCCACGGCGAGGUCACCGAGCAGCUGGCGCACCUGGUGCGCGCCCUCUGGACCCUGGAGUACACCCCGCAGCACAGCCGCGACUUCAAGAGUAUUGUGUCGAAGAAUGCACUGCAAUAUCGGGGAAAUUCCCAGCAUGAUGCCCAGGAGUUUCUGCUGUGGCUUUUGGACCGAGUUCACGAAGACCUCAAUCAUGCUGUGAAGCAGAGUGGGAAGCCUCCUCUGAAGCCACCAUCAGAGACUGAUAUGAUGCCUGAGGGACCAUCCUUCCCUGUCUGUAGCACUUUUGUACAAGAACUUUUUCAAGCCCAAUACAGAUCUUCUUUGACAUGUCCUCAUUGUCAGAAGCAGAGCAACACUUUUGACCCUUUCCUCUGCAUUUCUUUGCCAAUUCCUCUACCCCACACAAGGCCUCUCUAUGUCACUGUAGUGUAUCAAGGGAAAUGUUCUCACUGCAUGAGGAUUGGUGUGGCCGUGCCUCUGUCUGGGACUGUCGCCAGACUUCGGGAAGCAGUGUCUAUGGAAACAAAGAUCCCCACUGAUCAGAUUGUGUUAACAGAAAUGUACUAUGAUGGGUUCCAUCGUUCCUUUUGUGACACAGACGACCUGGAAACAGUCCAUGAAAGUGACUGCAUUUUUGCCUUUGAGACUCCAGAAAUAUUUAGGCCUGAAGGAAUUCUCAGUCAAAGAGGAAUCCACUUAAACAGCAAUCUGAAUCACUUGAAAUUUGGCUUGGAUCAUUGUAGACUGUCUUCUCCUACACACUCAGCAGCAAAGCUAGGGAAAGCAGACUUGCCCCCCACAAGAGCAGGAAGCGACAAGAUUGUUCUGUUAGUGUGUAACCGAGCCUGCACUGGGCAGCAAGGGAAAAGAUUUGGACUGCCUUUUGUGCUGCACUUAGAGAAGACAAUAGCAUGGGACCUUCUGCAGAAGGAAAUCUUGGAGAAGAUGAAGUAUUUCUUGAGGCCCACGGUUUGCAUUCAGGUGUGUCCGUUCAGUUUGCGUGUGGUCAGUGUUGUGGGAAUAACAUACUUGCUGCCCCAGGAGGAGCAGCCCCUGUGCCACCCAACAGUAGAAAGGGCAUUAAAAUCUUGUGGACCAGGUGGCACUGCUCAUGUGAAAUUAGUGGUAGAAUGGGACAAGGAGACAAAAGAUUUCUUGUUUGUAAAUACUGAAGAUGAGUAUAUUCCUGAUGCAGAAAGUGUCCGUCUGCAAAGGGAGCGUCACCAUCAGCCUCAGACUUGCACUUUAUCCCAGUGUUUCCAACUCUACACCAAAGAGGAACGGCUUGCCCCGGAUGACGCCUGGCGUUGCCCACACUGUAAGCAGCUGCAGCAGGGGAGCAUUACGUUAAGCCUCUGGACUCUGCCUGAUGUGCUUAUUAUACAUCUAAAGAGGUUUCGACAGGAAGGAGACAGGCGUAUGAAACUUCAGAACAUGGUCAAGUUCCCCUUGACUGGCCUGGACAUGACACCUCAUGUGGUUAAGAGGAGCCAGAGCAGCUGGAGUUUGCCAUCCCAUUGGUCUCCGUGGAGACGGCCCUAUGGACUCGGGAGGGACCCUGAGGACUACGUCUAUGACCUGUAUGCUGUGUGCAAUCAUCAUGGCACCAUGCAAGGGGGGCACUACACAGCAUACUGUAAGAACUCGGUGGACGGUCUCUGGUACUGCUUCGAUGACAGUGAUGUGCAGCAGCUAUCGGAAGAUGAAGUCUGCACACAGACGGCGUACAUCCUCUUCUACCAGAGGCGGACAGCUAUACCAUCGUGGUCGGCCAACAGCUCAGUGGCAGGCUCCACAAGUUCUUCCUUGUGCGAACACUGGGUGAGCCGGCUCCCGGGGAGCAAGCAAGCCAGCGUGACCUCUGCAGCCUCCUCCAGACGCACCUCUUUGGCCUCGCUGUCUGAGUCCGUGGAGAUGACUGGGGAAAGGAGUGAAGAUGAUGGAGGUUUCUCAACUCGACCGUUUGUGAGAAGCGUCCAGCGUCAGAGCUUGUCGUCCAGAUCUUCUGUCACCAGCCCUUUGGCGGUCAGCGAAAAUUGCAUUCGACCUUCUUGGUCCCUGUCUGCUAAGCUGCAGAUGCGCUCCAAUUCUCCUUCCCGAUUCUCAGGGGACUCUCCGAUUCACACCUCCGCCUCUACCUUGGAGAAGAUCGGGGAGGCAGUGGACGACAAGGUCUCCAUCUCUUGCUUUGGUAGCUUGAGGAACCUUGCCAGCAGUUACCAGGAACCAAGCGAUAGUCAUAGUCGACGUGAGCACAAGGCUAUGGGUCGGGCCCCUCUGGCUGUCAUGGAAGGUGUGUUCAAAGACGAAUCAGACACCCGCAAAUUGAACUCCAGUGGUGUAGAUACACAGAGCAAAAACUCAGCACAAGGGGAUCGUGUGCCCCCCAUCUCUGAUCCUUUUGAUAACAAUAACCAGAUUGCUUAUGUGGAUCAGAGUGAUUCUGUAGACAGCUCUCCAGUCAAAGAGGUGAAACCCCCCAGCCAGCCAGGCUCCCUCACGAAGAAACCAGAGAGCACAACCAAGAGAUCCCCCAGCUCCAAAGGCGCUUCUGAGCCAGAUAGAAGUGUGCGGAAGGGGAGACCAGUCUUGGCAAGCCAGGAGUCAUCUCUUUCGAGUACAUCCCCUUCUUCUCCUGUUCCUGUAAAAGUUUCUAUAAAGCCCUCUCGCUCCCGAGGCAAAGCAGAUUCUUCUUCCAGGGCCAGUGGACGGCAUUCCUCCCCUGCCCCUGCACAACCCAAAAAAGAGUCCUCCCCCAAAUCCCAGGACUCCGUGUCGUCUCGUUCACCCCAGAAACAGAAGUCAGCCCCUUCUCUCACUUACCUUGCUUCCUCCACAUCUGCCAAAAAAGUCUCGGGCCCUGCCACGAGGGGCCCCUUCCCUCCUGGGAAGGGCAGGACUUCAGACAGGAGCUUAAGUAGAGAGGGCUCCAGACAAAGCCUGGCUUCCGACAGAGCCAGCAUUGCCUCCAGCUCCAAACCCAGCUCCCCACGGGUGAGCCAGGCCAGGGUGGGGGAGGGCCGAGGGGACGGAAAACACGUCAGGAGCUCUUCCAUGGCCAGCCUGCGCUCCCCCAACACGAGCGUGAAGGCUGGUCUGAAGCGGGACAGCAAGUCGGAGGACAAGGGGCUGUCCUUCUUCAAGUCAGCCUUGAGACAGAAGGAAACCCGGCGGUCGACUGAUCUUGGCAAGACAACCUUGCUCUCCAAGAAGGCCAGUGGGAGCUCUGUCAAGUUGGCCUGUAAGAAUGCCGGGGAUGAGAAGGCCGAGAAAGCCUCCCAGCCUCCAGGUUCCCAGCAGCCAAAUGCAAAUGCAUUUGGAAAAGAGCAGCUUGUCACCAAGGACCCUGCUUCUGCUAAACAUUCCCUGCUGUCCACUCGCAAAUCCAAGUCUUCCCAGCUAGAUUCUGGAGUGCCCUCGUCUCCUGGUGGCAGGCAGUCUGCUGAGAAAUCUUCAAAAAAGUUAUCUUCUAGCAUGCAAACCUCUGCACGGCUUUCUCAAAAACCUCAGUGAUAUUUCUGCAAUCCGAGUGUUUUAUCUGUAAAGAUGUUUAUUUAUUUAGAACCCCAUCCCUCCCACCAAAGCCCUCUAUGCUUUCGUUUUGUAUUUUUUGGGUUACGUGCCUGAUGUGUGUGUGUAUGUGAGUGUGCGUGUGUGUGUGUGUGUGUGAGAGGAGAAUUCAAUUGCAAAUUGUUAAAAGCGUCGCCUUAUUCUGCCAUUGAACCAAAUAACAGCCAUAGGCAAAGCAUUGAUACCAAGCUAACUGGAAUAAUUGUAGACGAUACCCUGGAUGGUCCCUUUAGCAACUGUACAUAUUUCUUUCUAGAGAACUCUAAUGACUUUCGUUGGACACUAGGGUUUUGAAACCUGUGAACCAGUUAAGCUAUCAUUAGUGUGCUCUGUGGAAGGACGAAUUAUUUGACUUGGGUUUCAUCUGAGCAGGAUUUGUCCUCACUACGGAUUGUCAUGUGGCACCAGGAGCUCUAAAAACUGUGACACUAACAGCGAAACAAACUGAGAGAAAACUGUUGCUUUCUGCACUUUGGCCCCCUCUACCAGUCUUUGUAAAGGGCAAUAUUUUAACACUAAUGUUUCUCAGGUAUAUACUCAGCUAGUCUAGGAUGGAUAUGAAUCAGUAAAAGGAUUAGAGAGGAAGGUGGCCUGUGGGUGGCUGUCAUUUCUCCUACUGCCACAGAUAGAAGUUUUAGAGCUAGAAAUGAAGUCUUUCACUGCCUUCAUAUCUGCAAAGAUGUAUGUACCAUCAUAUGUACCAUAUGACUCUUGGGAUAUGUCCUAAGAGGUGGCAAAUUGGAUAGCCAGGAAGCCAGUCACUAGUAGUUAAUUUUUUUUUCCUUCUAAAUUUGCUAGCUAAGGCCAUUGGGAUUUUGAAAUGUAGUAGAGCAGUUAACACCUUUGAAAGAUUCCUGGAAAAAAAUGGAUUCUAAACUGGAUGCAUGAAUCUGUACCGUUUUCCUUCUCUGGUGUUGCUUUUCUCUGUGUUAGAAGUUGAAAGCUCCAUGCUGCCCCGUGUGUGCAUGCCCUUGUUUCCUCCUCUUGCAACUUGGAGAGGAAAGAAGUUGCCUAAUGCCAAAAGUCAGUGCUGGUGUGUUGAAGCGAUGUGUGACACAGUAUUACACGUACACUUCUGAUCCUGCCUGUCCGUCUUAGUUAUGACUGCUUUUCAGUAACUCAUUUACUUCUUCUUUGUGCUUAAGAUUUAAUCUCUUACCCAGAACUCACAAGCAGGAUUGGAGUGUGUUCCAUCGGGCAUUGUCGGUGCAAGUUGCAUUUCUUGUUUAGAAAAAUGGGAACCUCA